CUUUUUUCUCAUUAAUUCGGAAAUAAUAAAGAGACGAGACGAGUGCAACCAAGCACGGCAGAUUGCGCAUAGUGAAAGACUGUUAUUGCUAGUCGGUCUGUUGGAAGAAGAAGAAGAAAGGACACGGGAUAGAGAUAGGAGAAGGACGUAAACACGGGAUCCGAAUCGUUUAUCCGUCUAUCGACCACUCACUCGGCCGAGGGCUUAGAGCCAUACGCAAGCAUGUCGCUCGGUCCACUUACAACGAGCUUCGCGCCACCACCCGACUGUGUCGCAUCGUCGGCGCUGUACUGGGUCAACACCGCUUCAACCUUCUACUGGCUGCAUGGCCGACCGGGACAAUCAUCAUGCUUCCCUGACGACUACUCUCCCUAUCAAAAUCAGUAUUACAGCCCUGGUGUAUGCCCUUCUGGCUAUACACGCGCCUGCGAGUCCAUAUCGACCGACGGAGAUACAAUCGUCGCCACGCGGGCGACAUGUUGUCCGCAAGGGAAUUACGAAUGUGCCCCUACGUCGAGCAGCUAUAGCUACCCGUGGGGACCGACGCUCGGUUGCAUGUCCGUAUACAGAGUAAACACGGAGACGGCCUUCACGACGAUCGAUGGCACACUGAAUGGGUAUGAGGAAGCCGGAUCGCUAACGAGUUUGUUCGCUCCUGGUACCAUCAUGGCGUACGGCGUUGUGAUCCAGAAUAGUCCCGCGACAACGACGGCAGGGCAGACAGCAACCGUAGUUUCCGGAUCACUGUCAGACAACUCGGCCCCCGCCCCCGCAUCAGAAACUUGGCCCUCGACAUCAACGACAGCGGAAGCGCAACCUGAUGACAACGGGGGCAUCAAGCUUAGCGCCGGCGCCGCGGCCGGUAUCGGGAUUGGUGCUGCAUUCGUGGUUUUAGCCCUGGGCGCGGUGGUACUGUGGAUGUUCUGGUCGCGGCGGCAGAAGAGGAGGCAAGAGGCGGCAGAACUGCGAGCCCAAGCAAGUAUAAUAGGUCCUAGUAACUGGAGUUCGACGACAUGGGGCGCACCGCCCUUUACCCAACCGCCAAUGCAGGUCUACUGGCCGCCGUCGGAGCUAGCUAAUGAGCACGGCAUCAAGGAGAUGAGUGCCGAAUCUCGAAUACCUAUCGAGGCGGACGGCAGAGCAGUGUAUCAACGGUAGUUGCCGUGGUUAAGGGAAAGCGAGGAACUAGGCAAGCGAAUAUUUUCUUGUAAUGAAUACGGGCAGAGUCAGUAUUCCGUGUCCAAGCUGUGGCGCUCUGAUCUUCUGAUCUUCUGACCGGUUCAUUAUGAUAGGCAGGUAAAAAGACUGGGGAUGCAAUAUGAAAAGAGGCGUAAAAAAACUCACCGAGAUUUUUCACACACCCAAGACAGCCUGCAGAGAUGCGGUUUAUCCUGUGCGGAUAUCCUUGCCCUUCGUACCGGCAUUGGACUUCGGUAGUUACCAUUCUCAGCUACUAGAAUAGACACAUUUGGAAUCAAUGGUCGAAUAGUCGCUUGCUUUUACUUUGUGACCUAAAAGAUAGGGGGUACUUAGGUAACGUAACGUAACGUAGGGAAAGGGGAAUAGAAAAGAUCGCCCCU